GACGUACCUAAAUAUUAGUAGGGUCUUAUGGGCAAAAAAAUUGUUUAAUAAUUAAGAAAAUUUCAUUAUUUUCAACAUAUCAAGGGGUCAUAGUGGCAAUAACCUAAGGUAAUAUAAUUCCCCUCUUUGCUUUGUUUACUUCCGGCGUCAGGGUUUCAGAUAUCGAAUCGGGGCUCUUCUCGCCGCUUUGAUUCCCUCCGUCAAAUCCCCCGCCGGUAGGUGACUGUGCUAGCUCCGAGCUGGUUGACGAGUAUACAAUAGUUCUAAUGGAUCCUGAAGGUAGAAAAUUUGGAAGAGGGCCUAGAGAGCUAGGAGGUUCAAUUGAUCUUCUAAAUUAUUAUAAACUUGAGCGGCAUCAUGAAUUUUUCUGCAAGAGGUCACUACCGUCAUCAAUUUCCAAGACUCAGUACCUUCACAAUGUUGUGGGAGAGACAGAAAUUAGGAAAGGAGAAGGAAUGGAACUUGAUCAGCUGUUCCAAAAUUCCACUAGUGUGGGAUGCGGACACAAACCGCUGCAUCCUUUUCAGUUGGAUGUUCUCAUGGAUGCUUUUCAGCUGCGAGAAGCAACUUCUACCGACCUGCCUUAUACAAAGAAAAGGGCUUCUGGUGGGUCAAAUUUGAAAGGUGAAGAUAGGGAGGAGAAGCAUAAAAAACACAAACACAAAAAUAGGGAAUCAAAAAAGGACAAACACAAGAAUAUAGAGACAAAAAUGGGUUCUAACAUGCAGUCUCAACCCCGCGUUGAUGCUAGCAGGAACAAAGAUAAAGAGUAUAAGAGAACUGUGGAUCAUAGUUUUGGUUAUGACCACUACUUGAAACAAGAAAGGGUGUCAAAAAUUUCUACUUUUUUGCCAUUAUAGUAAAUUGCAUUUGAAGAACGAUGUUGAGCUUGUAGUCUUGUUACUUAACAUGUUAUUUUUUCACCAAAAUACUUGUAGUCUUUUGUUUUCUUGCUGUGAUUACCUUAUUCAUAGUUACACUUAAUGUAGUCUUUCUGCUUCAAAUCAGAAACUGUGCAGGAUUUUUCCUA